AAUGAGAUCUCCGUGGACUUCGACCUGACCCGGGAGGCUUAUAAGAGCAAAGACUCAUUAGAGCUGCUCAGAAGUUUGGUGGUGUUCAAGCUCUGCUCCUAUGACAUCCUGGUGGAGAAGAACACGGAGAUAAUGGACCUGGGAAAGAAGAUACUGGGCCAGAGAGCCUUCAACCAGUUCAUGAAGAUGACGUUUUACGGCCAGUUUGUGGCCGGCGAGGACCACAAGUCGAUCCGGCCUCUGAUCCAGAAGAACCAGGCCUUCGGCGUCGGCUCGGUCCUGGACUACAGCGUCGAGGAGGACAUCAGCCAGGAGGAGGCGGAGUACGAAAGUUUCACUAUUGUCACAGAUUCCACUAAACGCGAGCGCCACGGAGAGGAGAAACAGAACGAGCAGCAUCAGUCGGAGGAGGAGCGGCGUCGGGGGGGAGUGACGGCAGCUCGCACGCACUCCGACAGCGCUGAGGCCAAAUGUGACCGGCAUAUGGAAACCUUCAUCAAAUGCAUCAAAGCAUCUGGUGGGAAUUCGAUGGACGGCUUUUCGGCCAUCAAGAUGACGGCUCUGGGACGACCUCAGUUCCUGCUCCAACUCUCAGAGGUCCUGGUGAAAUGGCAGCGUUUUUUCAGCUUCCUGGCGUCGCAGCAGGGGAAAGACGGCGAGGAAGCUUUAAAUCAAAGGCUGGAGCUCGACCAGCUGCAGGAAUCUUUGACCAAACUAGGUGCAAAAGGUGAUUUCCGUGGUUGGUUUACUGACGGGAAAGAAGAAACCUCAGGAACCAUUGACGUGCUGGACUGGAACAGCCUCAUAGAUGACAGGACAAAGACAUCGGACCUGCUAGUUGUCCCGAAUGUUCAGCGAGGAGAGCUGGAAUCCCUGCUGGAGAAGUUUGGCACAGAGGAGGAGGAGCAGAUGAAGAGGAUGCUGCAGCGUAUGGACAUUUUAGCAAAGCACGCCCUGGAGAACGGCGUUCGCCUGAUGGUGGACGCAGAGCAGACGUAUCUGCAGCCAGCCAUCAGCAGGGUGACAUUAGAGAUGCAGAGGAUCUACAACAGAGACAAGCCUGUCAUCUUCAACACGUACCAGUGCUACCUGAAGGACGCCUAUGACAACGUGAGCAUGGACGUGGAACUCUCCCGACGGGAGGGCUGGUGUUUUGCUGCCAAGCUCGUGCGAGGGGCCUACAUGUACCAGGAGAGAGAGAGGGCCGAAGAGUUUGGCUACGAGGAUCCCAUCCACCCUGACUAUGAGUCUACCAACAGAAUGUACCACAGGUGUCUGGAUCACGUGCUGGACGAGAUCGCAAUCAACCGAAACGCCAACGUAAUGGUGGCUUCCCAUAAUGAAGACACAGUGAAACACACCAUUCACAGAAUGAACGAGCUGGGUCUCGUCCCCACGGAGAACAAGGUGUACUUCGGGCAGCUCCUGGGAAUGUGUGACCAGAUCAGCUUCCCAUUGGGCCAGGCAGGCUUCCCCGUCUAUAAGUACGUCCCCUAUGGCCCGGUGAGUGAGGUGAUGCCCUACCUGUCUCGCAGAGCCCAGGAGAACAGAGGCUUCAUGAAGGGCGUCCAGAAGGAGAGAGGGCUGCUGUGGAAGGAGCUGAGGCGCAGACUCUCCUCUGGGGAGCUUCUCUACAGACCCACGUACUGA